AUGCAUCGGGUGGAGAAGCCGGGGUCCGGAAUUCUCUCUCGACCAUGUCUGUCAUAUUAUACCGGCAAGUUUUACGAGUUAUCGUCUUGGCGAAAGGCCCUAAUCUCGGCGGGCAGCUACGAUGCUUCGCCAUUCAGUGUCAAGGUCGACCAUAUACUACUCCUCAAGGGAAUCCAUCAUGCCACCGUCAACGUGGCCAGUAUUCUGCCGCGACCUGAAAUCACCGACCUCUUGGGCCUCAACUACCGUCGGAUCCCCAUCCUUGCUAUCGGCAACGACAUUUACAUUGACACAAGCCUCAUCAGCGUUGCUUUGGAACGCCGGUUCCCCGUCGCCCAGGGCUUUGGAACACUCUUUCCAAAGGGUAAACAGGGCCAGCCCCCGCAUACAGGCCUCAUCAAGGCCUUCGCGAAGCAUUGGGCGGACACAGUCUUGUUCUCACUAGCUCCAGCACUUCUGAAUUGGUCCAAGUUUCCAGCUGCUUUUGUCAAGGACAGAAGCGCGCUUUCUGGCGCACCCAUCAAUGUGCAAGCCAUUACGGCUUCGCGAGAGAAAGCCAUCUCUCUUCUAUCUACCCAGCUGAGUCUCGUUGAGGAACAACUAUCCGAUGGGCGCGAAUGGUUAUUUGACUCGGAAGGUCCCUCUUUAGCCGACGUUUCUGUCAACUUUGUCUAUGCCUGGGUCCAAACGUUCCGCGGGGUUGAAUCUCUCUUUGACCCUUCGACCUUCCCCAAGUCGCUAGCAUGGCUUUCGAGAAUGGCGGCUUACCUCGGCCAUCUCAAGAAGGUCCAGCCGCAGUCCGCAGUCAUUUCAGGUGCUGAUGCUGCCGCUAAAAUCGCUUCCGAGUCCUUUGAAGCCUAUUCCGUGGUGGGCUUCGAUCAGCGUGAGGCCAAGCGCUUGGGGCUAACGGUCGGGGAUCGCGUCUCUGUUGCCCCUGACGAUUCAGGGCGAAACUUUCCCACUGAAGGAACACUGGUGGCACUCAAUCGUGAAGAGUUGAUAUUGGAAGUUCAGGGUCAAGUCGGCACUUUCAGAUGCCACUUUCCUCGAGUGAUGUUUACCGCUAAAGUCGUAUCCAAGUCAGAGCACAAGUUGGUCUCUCUUCAUCACUUGCUACUCUUCUACGAUAUGAGCCUUCUCGUUCACGCGUACAAGCUGCGACCGAUAUCGAAGGAGGCGACUGAACUGGCCAUGCGCAUUAUAACAGCACACCCCAGCGGGUUGAACACAAGAGAGAUUUUCAAGCUGGGACUAAAAGCGCACCCUCCCGUGGAACAUGCUCCAGAACCGACUCUUCCAUUUCGUUCACGUUCGGGCAGAAUCGGACUGCCAGUUCCGACAGCUAUCGACCACCCGUUCCGCUCAGUACGGUAUCUCAAAUCGAGAAUUUUGGAUGAUCUUGAAAAACAGCAGGCCAUCCAAAAGAGGCUUGUUCCGGUGCCCGUUACUGAGCUGGAGGGUGAAGAAUUGAAGCGUGUGCUAGGCUCUGGUGCCCAAUCCCAAGGAGUCGAUGGGAUCACUCAGGUUCGAGUCCACCGAUGGGUCUUACCAUUGCCAGAACGGGCCCCGCCGCCACAUCGGGAUCUGAGCCACAGCACCUGGCAGAAGGAGACCAAGUAA